UUUUUAUCGCCUUAUAACAGGAUAUCUCACUGGCGCGAAAAACGCACUGUGUGGCUUCUAUUACACAUCGUGGGGCGGACCUUGUGCCUGCUGCGUGAACCGCCGGCUUUUGUGUUUUUGUUUUGUUAAACUUCGAACUUAAAGAGACGUAAAAGCGGUGUUGAAACCUCACAUCUAAGUGUUAUACCUACCCAGCGUCUAUCAGCGUGAUCCCUGUGCUCCGGAUCAUUGAUCUUUUGCCGUGGAGUGCCUUUCCAUGCCCUGAAAUUCACUUUUGCAAACCGGGGGAGAGCUGGUGAGUCCUUUAAUUUUAAGACUUCGUGUGAAAGUUUGAAACGAGGAAACUGAGUGUUAUUUCUGAGUCUGAGCCCACUCUUUCCUUCUUCACACGACUGCUCUGAGGAAACAAAGCGCUGCCUACAUUUCAGGAAACACUAGGUUGCCUACUUUAAAACGAGAAAGUCUUAUUAUUCACCUGAUCUACCCUUUCUCGGCCAAAACGUACACGGAAUCACAGCAGAUCUUUUAUUUAACGAAAUUAUGUAAUAAUCAUCUGUGCCUUGAUAGUUCGAUUCAUCACUGCAGGUACAUCCGCAAGAUCCACUAUCAAAUAUUAAUGUGGUCCCAUUUGGAGAAAGUCUGCUGUCAAAGGGAUGUGAACGAGUUCUUACAAUGUGGCAGGAAGUACUUUAUUUCAAUCGUGGCUAAUCUCUGUGAUAUUUCCCCUCAGGUUGAAGGUGCUCAGAGGGAACAUUUUGUAAUUGCUGGGAAUUAACUCUUGAGGAUUUUAUAAACUGGAAUCAUGGAGUUCGACUGUUACCAGCACUAUUUCUACGAUGAUUUCGACACGGAGGAGGAUUUUUACAAGUCGACCGCACCGAGCGAGGACAUAUGGAAAAAGUUCGAGUUGCUGCCCACCCCUCCCAUGUCCCCCACCCGGACUCUGAGCGGAGCUGCCUUGCACCUCUCACCGGGGGACAAGCUAAACUGGCUGUCCAAAGUCCUGGGUCAGGACGAGGAUUAUGAGGGCCAGUUCGUCCCGGGCAGCGAGGAGCUGCUCGGCAACCUUAGCUCCAUCAUCAUACAGGACUGCAUGUGGAGUAGUUUCUCCGCCAGUAAGCAGCUGGAGAAGGUCAACGGGAAGGUGGUGUCAGCUGCGGCACCGUCCGGUGCCUCCCCGUUGGCGCAGAUCUCCGUGAGACCGAGUAAGGCGCAGUGCGUCUCUCCCGCUGGCGCGCUCCCCACCGUGGCGACAGACUGCGUCGACCCCGCGGCUGUUCUCACCUUCCCGGCGAACAGUUGUAGGAAGCCGGCGUCGUCUGGCUCUGAGUCCCGCUCUGAUUCCUCCGGUAAGGAAGCAGUCAUGCUGUAAAUUGCCCCACCCUGCCCCUGCCUAGGGAUUAUAUUACCCUCUAACAAUGCGUAAUUUGGAGAGCUGGGCUGCUGUUGCAUAACUGAGGUCUGUGGUGCAAAGGGGUUAUCAAGUACACCAGUCCGUCACUUUAUAAUCCCGAUUUUUACUCUCACGUUGACAAUGCGCCACAUGCUCUCUAGAAUACCAGUGCUAUCUUUUGAAAACCGCGCCCCGUCACUUUUACUUGAUUUCUCCCCGCUUUCAAUACCUGUCACUGACUCUGCAUUACAAUCAGAGUGCGGCAGAGGGGCGGGGUAACUGAGCCAAGAUGAUUUAUUACUACUACACACACAGAAACACACCAUUAGAGUUUACUCUUUCACAUUUAAGGUAUUAGUGACUGCCCCCUGCCAGUAAUUCUGCUCAUUUAAAUAGCUGAUGAAUGGUCAGUGCUCAGUAACAAAAGCCUGAAUUCAUGCAAGCUUUGGCAUGGAUGACCAACUCUGUUAACACCUCAGUGUCUGAUUGGCCCCUCUUUAGUUAGGAGGAGAGGUGAUUUGCACAUCAGAAAGUGGAAUGCACUUCCUCAGAGUAACUAGUUAAUAUUUGAUUGAUCACUAUAUCUCAUUCAAACAUCUGUCAUCUUUCACCUUGAUAGCUACUCUGAAAGCUUUCACCUGUGAAACCUGUUUAGCGUGUUUUCAUGAGUUUUUUUCCAUUUGAUCCCAGAUGAUGAAGAGGAGAUCGAUGUGGUCACUGUGGAGAGCAAGCAGAGCAGAAUGCGUCUGGUGAAUGUCAGAAAACCUGUGACUAUCUCAGUGCGGGCUGACCCCUGCCCCAAACGCUUCCACAUGUCGGUCCAUCGGCAGCAGCACAACUAUGCUGCCCGCUCGCCAGAUAGCGAGCCAGAACCAGAGGACGAUGAUGAGGAUGAAGAUGAAGAGGAGGAGGAGGAGGAGGAGGACUAUGCAGACGAGCCUCAAACUAAGCGUACCUGCAUGACCUCGACACAGAACUCCUCUGCUCGUAUCUCCCAGCCCACCUCCCCCUCAGAGACCCCUUUGAACUCUGAUGCAGAGGACACUGACCGCAGGAGGAACCACAACUUCUUGGAGAGAAAGAGGAGGAAUGAUCUACGGUCUCGAUUCCUCGCCCUGCGGGAUCAGAUCCCUGGUUUGGAGUCAGCCAAGACCCCAAAGGUUGCAAUCCUGACUCAUGCAACAGAAUACCUUGUAGAUCUCCAUAGCAGAGAGAAACGGCAACUCCAGGAGAAGAAACGCCUCAAAUCCAGACAGCAGCAGCUUCUCCGAAAGUUAUCUGAGCUUAAACGCUCCUGAGACACUUUUAAAGAAAAAAACUGCCUCAUUCAUAGUCAGAAACCUCUCAGUCCUUUUAAAGACAACAUGCCUCAUGUAAAUAGCUGUGUGUUUUGUCUGAAAUGAAUUCACGUUAGCGUGGGCUUUCUACAAAUUGACGGCCAAUGAACCUGUUAUGGGGAGGAGCAAUUUGUGUGCUGUGUUUUUAUAUUUUCUUUGCACGUUGUUUCAAUAAUGAGCAGGGGUCAUGACUUUGGUUUUAUAGCUACAAUAUUUUCUUUUGUUAUGAUGGGAAUACAAGAGAGGUAUCUGUUAGUAGUUUACCUGUGAGAUAAGGAAUUAAUGUAGCCCUGUGUGUGAAAGCUGGUUAAGGCGUCUUAAUUUUAACCAUUGCACACUUCUAAUGGAGAAAAGUGUGAAAGCCUCUCUGUGUACAUAUUUGAGUGAGUCAGUUCUCUGUGUGGAUGGAUUGUUUGACUGAAUGUUUGAUGCACAAAAUGUUCUGUAAAUAAUAGCUUAUCCCUCCAGUUGAAGGAGAUGAAAUCAAGAGUUGUCAAUGAGCUUUGCUCUUCUUUAUGAGGUGCCAUCAGGCACCGAGGAACUUCUAUUUUGUUAAGAAAACAGGAAAAAUGGGCAAAAAAAAGAGAAAAAGUAGCACUGCUGUACUUUAUAUACACACGUCACUUUGUGAUCUCAAUGCUUCUUUUAAUUUUGGUUGAUCUGUUUUUUUUAAGCAUGUUAACUUGGACAGCAACAUUAAAUUUUGUACCAUAUUUGCAUACAAACCUUAA